GCUAUGCCAUUUCACCUACGCGUCAUUGCCAGCGUGGAGGAGCGCAGGCAGAUGGACGCUAAUGCGGUAGAACCGCACAUACGAGAACUUGAAGCCAAUUGGCCGCCUCGCAAGCGUAUCAUCUAUAUCCCUAGAGAAUUGUGUCUCCAACACAGAUUAAGGAAUACUUUUGUGGCCCUUACUUUACCUGGAUCGACUAGCAAUAACAACAAGACGGUUCUAUAUGCAUCUGUCAGAAUAUAUUCGAAAGAAAGCAUGCUGUUUCGCAAGGACAGCCGUUUCCCGGACAAGUUGCUGUUAACACAGCCCCGUGCUGCUGAAUUAUCACUAAAGGAAUGGCCAGUGGUUGUAAGCAACUUACUCUAUUGGGAAAUUCGGACUCAGCUGAUGACCGAGCAAUUGAGAGUAAAAGGAGACUUUCACGACGAUAUCUCAAUGCCAGCCGAUCAGGAUCCUAUUUCAGUUGAUGCUAAUAUUGGUUUCUUUUCUUUUUUUUUUCCUCUCUCUUUUUUGUUUCUCCACAAGAUCAACAAUUUGGGAAACGUUCUGGAGAUUACAGUAAAUGCCAUAGAGACCAAUACUUAUGAUCAAUUGGGUUCAAUGUCUACAGCUAUCGCGCGAUCAUUAUCGGGAUUUGUCGCCUCGUUAAAUAGCUGUUUCGAGUUCAAAUCCCCUUAUGGAAUCCAAAGUUUCAGGAUUAUAGAUAUCAAAACAACCAACAGUGAUCAUCCUGAUGUUGGAUUAAUCUCCAGUACUACUGUGGUAAAAUAUGUAUCGCCAAUGGAAAAACUUGUCAGGGAUUUAAAAGUAUUCUCGCAUUCAUCAUCUCAAGGAUCGGAUGGGCUUUUAUCGCAAGAGGACUGGAUCUCGGCUAUAAAAGCUCAUGUUGGUGGAUACGACGAUAUGCUAGUGGAAAUUGUUGGUUACCUCUAUGGCUUUAUCCAAGAAGCAAUCCAUGACACUAAACGGGAAUUGAAUCUCACGACAACAAAAUCAAAAUCGAAGCCAUGUUUCCGAGUACCUUUUAAGGGGUUUCUUAUCUCGGGGCGCCCUGGGACUGGCAAGAGUGCCUUAGCAUCUCAUCUAGCAAGGUGUUCAGGGCUUCCAUAUACCAUUGUGAACUGUCCGGAUGUUUUCCAAAAAGAUGCGGGUGCUAGUGAGAACUAUCUCCGCGAAGCUUUCACAUCCCUUGCUUUGCACAAUAAGGCAUCAAUAUUGAUUCUAGAUGAAGUCGACAUAAUCGCAGGCGACAGAGCAUCACGAAAAGGAGUGGAAGCAAAGCUAUUUGCAACCCUACUAGGUCUUAUCGACUCUAUCAAUACGAAUCCUUUUGGUCCGAAAAUAUUUGUUAUCGCCCUUACAAAUAGGCUGCAUGCGCUCGAAUCGUCACUGGUACGCUCCGGACGACUAGAUAAAGUGUUUGAUCUUCACUUAAAAGGCACCGAUCAGCGGCGUCAGGUUCUUGAGAUUGUAGCCAAAGAUCUACCGAUGGAUCCUAAAGAGAGGCCGAUAAUACUCGAAAAGAUUGCUAAGGCGACUCAUGGGUUUGUUCCCACUGACUUGCAAUCAUUGUGUACAGAGUCAGCAUUACUUUUGUUAUCAAAGAUGGCAGCAGGUCAUAAAGAUGCUAUGAUUGAUUACACAUAUAUUGAACAAGCCCUACGAACAAUUCGACCAUCUGGCAUGGGCGAGUUUUUAUCAAGUAUACCCAAAAUCAAUUUCAGCGAUCUCUUUGGGAUGCAGGAUGCUAUUGCGGAUAUUAAAGUCUCUAUUAUUGAGCCGUUUCAUGAUCCUGGAAAAUACAUCAAAAUGGGGAUUGCUCCACCUCGUGGUCUUCUUGUGCAUGGCCCACCAGGCGUUGGAAAGACGAGGCUAUGCUGUGCCCUGUCUCAAGAGCUUGGUAUCAACUUUAUGCUUGUUGAGAGUUCCCAAAUUCGAUCCAAAGUUGUAGGCGAGUCUGAACAGAACAUUGCCAAAAUGUUCGCGCAGGCCAAGGCAAAUGCACCGUGCAUACUCUUCAUCGAUCAGAUUGAUGUGUUAGCUCCUUCAAGAGGAUCUACACAUACGAGCGAAAAUAGCAACGAUCGCAUUGUUACGGGGCUACUGACAGAAAUGGAUGGUUUCUUCUCCAAGGACGCAGGAUCCAGGGCUGAAGUGGAUGUUCUAGUGCUUGCAGCCACCAACCGUCCUGAAGUGAUUGAUUCCGCGAUAUUGAGGCCUGGUCGUCUAGAUCAAAUUAUUUUCAUUCCUGGCCCAAACGAGGAGACACGAAAGAUGAUCCUUGAAGGAUACACCUCUAAAAUGCCUAUCAAGCUGAAUGAGAAAGACAUGCAGUCUCUUGCCAAAACAACUGAAGGUUAUUCAGGCGCCGAUUUAGAGAACCUUUGUCGUGAAGCUGCUUUGAUCUGCCUUCGACAGGACAUCACCAAUACUGAGAUUACGUUUUCCCACAUGGAAGCCGCCAAAGCUCUUACGAAACCUUCGUUACUUCACAAUGAGAUUGGGACUUUGUGCCAAAAGUAGAAACCUGUCGUCUUGCUCAUACUCGUCACCAUCACUGCUAUCGUCGUCACCAUCCUCAUCAUGCUCCAUUUCUG